GCCUAAUUGUUCGUAAAUAUUACGCAAUAGUGUGCGGUUUCCAUGGAAAAUUGAGCGCGUAAAAAUCGUGACGCAGAUGUGAUUGCUCCGCGAUUAAGUAAAUAGCGAUUGCAAUCGCGUUAUUAUUUUGAAAGGUAACAUACCACAUUGUGGAAAGUAAAAGCUGGUUAUUUGAGCGCUGAGCUUCUGGAGCACUUCAGUCUUCAGAGCGCAGUGAGUGUUACUUUAGUUGCUGGUGAAUCUCGAAAGGAAAGAGGAGAAAUGUCAAAAUGGCGUCACAUCAGGACGCUUGGUAUCUCUCGUUAUUGGGCUUAGCUGAAAAUUUUCGUACAUCCAGUCCUCCGAACAUAAAAGCUUGCAUACAAUGUCUGCAAGCUGUUUUUUUUUUCAAACCACCUCCUAAGGUUGAGGCCAGGACUCAUCUUCAACUGGGUAACAUCCUCCUUACGCACACUAAAAACAUUGACCUGGCGCGAUCUCACCUGGAACAAGCGUGGGGAUUGAGUCAGAAUAUGAAAACAUUUGAUGACGUUAAAUUCGAAGCUGCGAGUAUUGUUGCUGAAUUAUAUAAACAACAAGACUCGAAUCAUUGUAUGCCAAUACUUAGAGAAGCUAUUAGACUUUCAACUCAAAAUGUUUAUUGGCACUGUAGACUUAUUUUUCAACUCGCACAAAUGCACGCCUCCGAACGAGAUUUUAUAGCGGCGAAUAGUUUACUGGAAAUGGGCAGCGAUUACGCCCAAGUAAACGGAGCAAAUUACACGCGGGUUUUAUUCAUCCUGAGCCGGUGUAUGUUGCUGCUGAUCGACAAAAAGUUUUCGGAAGUCCACCCGCUGUUCCACAUGGCCAGCCGAUACGUAGACGGAUGGGAGGGAAACCACUACCAAAAGGAGUAUCUAAAAGUCUACCUGUUGGUGCUGCAAGUGUGUUAUUUCCUGAUGUUGGGUCAGGUUAAAAGUGUUAAAGUAUUUUUAAAACAGUUACAACAAAGUAUACAGACAAUAAUGUCCCCGACCUGGCCGUCAGACGAGGCCGCGACCAGUUCGAGCACCAGCGACAUGUUUAUAUGGAUGCCAAAGGAACAUUUGUACGUUUUAGUAUACCUCGUUACUGUGAUGCACUCGAUGCAGGCCGGUUACAUGGAGAAAGCGCAAAAGUACACGGACAAAGCGCUGACACAAAUCCAGAAGCUCAAGAGUACCGACAACAAACCAAUACUCUCGGUCUUUCAACUGAUGCUGCUAGAGCAUAUUGUGAUGUGUCGUCUAGUCAGUGGAAACAGGAGCACGGCGCUAGUGGAGAUUGCGGAAGCUUGUCAGCUCUGUAGGACGCAGCCCAAGCUACUCAAGGGUCAUGAGUCUCAGUUACACACCCUCCUGGGUCUCUAUGCCAUGUCAAUGAACUUUAUGGAAGCCGCUGAAGCCCAGUUCACCGCGGCGCUCCAGACCUCCCAGGAGAAAGAACUUUGCACGUUCGCGAAUCUCAAUUUGGCGAUCGUAUACUUAAGGACCAAGCGGGACAAGGAUCUGGGCAGUCUCAUGGAGCGAAUCAAUCCCGAAGGACUCCACUCUCAUUCGCUGCAAGCUGCUGCCUUCUACGUACAGGGUCUCCAGGCCUUUUUUGGUGCCAGAUACAACGAAGCCAAAAGAUACUUGAGGGAAACUCUCAAGAUGGCCAAUUCCGAAGAUCUUAACAGACUAACGUCGUGUAGUUUAGUACUUUUAGGUCAUAUUUUUCUAUCCUUGGGUAACGAACGCGAGUCAAUGAAUAUGGUCACUCCGGCUAAUCAGUUAGCUUCUAAAAUACCUGAUGUUCAUGUGCAAUUGUGGGCCACGGCGAUACUUAAAGAUUUGUACAGUAGAAAUGGUGAUCACAACCAUGAGAACGAAGUGUAUCAACUGCACUGUAGUUUUUCGUCAACCUUACUGAAAGAUCACAUGCAAAGUACUCAAAUGCCCGAGCACAUUCUCAUCCAAUGGACAAGUGGUACGAUUCCCGCGUUGCCAAGCAAUCCACCAGCAUCAACAUCGCGAGCUAUUCUCUAACAUGUUCCGUAUCCGUAAACAAUUAAAUAAAUACAUUAUAUAUCACUUGCGAAUUUUACUUAAAUUGCCGGCGAAAAGCGCAUGAAUCGUUAAGCAAAACAGAAAUUUGUAAAAGGCAGCUUGCGCUCUUUAAUUAUCAUUAUCGUUAUUAUUUUAUUUAAAAACAACGCGUACAAAUAAAAUGAUGCGUGGUCCAAAUUGAAUCGCGAGAAAACAGAGUGUCGAUUUGCGUUUCAAUUUAAUACAAAUAUAUAUACAUACGAAAAUUGAUAUAUAUAUAUAUAUAUAUAUAUAUAUAUAUAUAUACACAUAUAUAAAUAUAUUUUUUUUUAAUAAUUAAUAGCUUAUUCUAGUACCGGAGUAAGAACAUCCAGUACUGGUGAUCUCCGUUGAAUAAUAAAAUCCACUCUGUAUAUUAGUUGUCAGUCAACAAUAGAAUAAGUCGUGUAAGUAAUAUACAUUUAAUUAAUUAACAGGACGAAAAUAUUAAUAUUAAUUAUAAUAAUAAUAAUAAUAAUAAUAAUAAUUAUAAUGAUAGAAAUAUUAAUGAUAAUUAUAAUUAUAAAAAUAAUAAACUAUACAUAAAAUAUAGCCUGACGCGGUUUUUACGUCUGUGGGGCCUUAAAUGCGAUAUAAUGUGCGUGUUAAAUACGAGAGUAUGAAUGACAAAAUGUAAAUAAUUUAAUCGGUUUAUUAUAAAGAGAUAAAAUUAAAUGAAAUACAACAAAAUACAUUAAUUAAAUGAAAUAAAUUAAUUUUACGUUUAUUAAAACUCUAAAAGGUCUAAUAUCAAAUUAAUUCGCGUCUUUAAUUUUAAAACAUCGUGUAAUUUUUAAAAUUUUAUUUUAACAUCUCAAAAGAAUGAGAAUAGUAAAAUUUAAUAAAGUAAUAGUAUGCUUAAAUAGUGAUUACACGGGAAGAACAAGAUGACACUGGAUAUCAUCACAGAUUAUACUCAGUGAUAUCUGUGGUGAAAAAAAAAUUCAGAUAGUAA